AUGUCGGAUCCAAGUUCCAUCAACGGUGGUAUCUGUGUUGCCAUGGCUGGGAAGGACUGUGUAGCCAUUGCGUGCGACUUGCGUCUCGGGAGUCAAUCGUUGGGUGUGUCGAACAACUUCGAGAAGAUCUUUCACUACGGGCACGUGUUCAUGGGGAUGACUGGGCUGGCGACUGACGUGCUAACGUUGAGCGAUGUGUUCCGUUACAAGACGAAUCUGUACAAACUGAGGGAGGACCGGAUGAUUGAACCGGAAACUUUCACGCAAUUGGUCUCCAGUACGCUCUACGAGAGGAGGUUUGGCCCCUAUUUUGUAGGCCCAGUGGUGGCAGGGAUCAACUCCAAGACGGGGAAACCGUUCAUCGCAGGGUUCGACCUUAUUGGGUGUAUUGACGAGGCUAAAGAUUUUAUAGUUAGUGGGACUGCAUCGGACCAAUUGUUCGGUAUGUGUGAAUCCCUGUACGAACCAAAUUUGGAGGCAGACGAUCUUUUCGAGACUAUAAGUCAGGCUCUUUUGAACGCAGCCGACCGUGACGCGCUGUCAGGUUGGGGCGCCGUUGUAUACAUCAUCAAGAAGGACAAAGUGAUAAAGAAGAACCUCAAGAUGAGACAAGAUUGA